CUAUAACCACUUCUACCAUAGCAGAAACAUUCACAUCUCCUUUACAGACCGGUUCCUCAGAGAUGACAGCAGGAACUACUGCCACAGUUGCCUUUCCUACUACUUCCCCAGUUGAAACAACCACCACUCUGGCUAUCACCACACCAGCCCCUGUGGCCACAUCCCUCACUGAGACCACAACUGGGGUCACUUCUAUUUUACCGUUGACAUCCACGGUCAGUCCUGAGACAACAGCAGAGAGAAGCACAGCGGCUCCGAUCAAUAUUACCCUUGCUGAGACCACAACAACUUACACCUCCACUACAAGACAGGGAACAACCACACCUGCCCUUUUUACAACUUCCCCAGCUGAGACCACAACCGCUCUAGGCAUACCGAUCAGAGGAGAGACAACAGCAGCUGUGACAAUCACAACAUCACUUUCACCUACCGCAGCUGCUUUGACAAGCCAUGAGAAGAUCAGUGUGAUUUAUGAAGCCUCAGUUAGACACCUAGGCUCCUACACAAUGAGUGUGCAGGGAUAG